CCUGUUCCUGCGAGCGAGGCCGCCGCCAUGUUGUCGGGCUGACGCCGCCGCCGCUGCGCCGCAGCAGGAGGAGGCGGCGGAGGGAAGGGGCCAGCCCGGAGCAGAGCAACAGAUGGCUAAGAGCUAGCAAGGCACAUUCAGGACUAUGAUGGCUCAGUUUCCCACAGCCAUGAAUGGAGGUCCAAACAUGUGGGCUAUCACCUCUGAAGAGCGAGCAAAGCAUGACAAGCAGUUUGAGAGCCUUAAACCCAUAGGAGGAUAUAUUACAGGCGAUCAAGCACGUACCUUUUUCUUGCAGUCAGGUCUACCAUCAUCAGUCCUAGCUGAAAUAUGGGCUCUUGCAGACCUGAACAAAGACGGGAAGAUGGAUCAGCAGGAAUUCUCCAUAGCUAUGAAACUCAUCAAACUAAAAUUACAAGGUCAACACUUGCCUGUGAUCCUCCCACCUAUCAUGAAGCAACCUCCAGUAUUCUCUCCGUUAAUUUCUGCUCGCUUUGGAAUGGGUAGUAUGCCAAAUCUGUCCAUCCCAACAUCUGUGCCUACAAUUGCACCUUUAGCUCCCAUGUCAUCAUUGACCUCAGUGACUUCGAUUCCUUCCUUGGUUAUCUCUACUCCACAGAUGCCUUCUAUCAGUACAUCAUCAUUGCCAAAUGGAACAUCCAGUCUCCUUCAGCCUUUACCUAUGUCUUUCUCUUCAACAUUGCCUCAUCCUGGUUCUUUCAGUCUCAUGGCAGGAGGAUUUGGUGGUACUAAUAUACAGAAGGCACAGUCUCUGAUCGAUUUAGGAUCUAGUAGUUCAAAUUCUUCCUCCACCACUUCACUAACUGGGAGUUCACCUAAGACUGGAUCCUCAGACUGGGCAGUUCCUCAGGCCUCCAGAUUAAAAUACAGGCAGAAAUUUAAUAGUCUUGAUAAAGGCAUGAGUGGCUACCUAUCAGGAUUUCAAGCAAGGAAUGCCCUUCUGCAGUCAAACCUUUCUCAGACUCAACUGGCUACCAUUUGGUCACUAUCUGACAUUGAUGGAGAUGGACAGCUGAAAGCAGAUGAGUUUGUGUUAGCCAUGCAUCUGACUGAUAUGGCCAAAGCUGGGCAGCCUCUGCCAUUGACCCUGCCUCUUGAAUUGGUACCUCCUCCUUUCAGAGGUGGAAAAUAUGCCGAAAAUGUUAAUGGAACUCUGCCAUCUUGCCAGCGAAUGCAAGAAGAGGAGCCCCAGAAAAAACAGCCAGUUACAUUUGAGGACAAGAGGAAAGCAAACUAUGAGAAAGGAAACGUGGAACUGGAGAAACGGCGUCAAGUCCUACUGGAGCAGCAGCAGAGAGAGGCGGAACGUAAGGCUCAGAAAGAAAGAGAAGAACAGGAGCGAAGAGAGAGGGAACUGCAGGAGCAGGAGCGGAAAAAGCAGCUUGAACUGGAAAGGCAUUUUGAGAAACAACGAGAGCUGGAAAGACAAAGGGAGGAGGAGAGGAGAAAAGAAAUAGAAAGGCGGGAGGCAGCAAAGCAGGAACUCGAGCGCCAGCGACGGCUGGAAUGGGAGAGAAUUCGACGCCAAGAUCUUCUUAAUCAGAGAAACAGGGAACAAGAAGAAAUUGUCAAGUUGACCUCUAAAAAGAAGAGCCUUAAUCUUGAAUUAGAAGCCCUGAAUGACAAGCAUCAGCAGAUCACAGGCAGACUGCAAGAUGUUCGAAGCAGAAAACAAAUUCAGAAAAGUGAACUGGAAGCUCUAGAUAAAAAAUGUGAUUUGGGAAUUGUAGAAAUCAAACAGCUACAACAACAACUUCAGGAAUAUCAGAAUAAACUAGUCCAUUUAGUUCCUGAAAAGCAGUUAUUAAAUGAGAGAAUAAAACACAUGCAGCUGGACAACACUCCUAAUACAGGAAUCAGUUCAGUGAACAAGAAGUUCCUAGAAAAGGAAGAAUUAUGCCAAAGACUUCGGGAGCAAUUAAAUGCCCUAGAAAAGGAAACUGCUUCCAAACUCUCUGAAAUGGAUACCUUUAACAAUCAGCUCAAGUGUGAGAAUAUGGAUGAUUCUGUUCUUCAGUGCCUUUUGUCUCUGCUAAGCUGUCUCAACAACCUCUUCCUCUUACUUAAGGAACUGAGAGAAAGCUGCAACACACAGCACUUAGCCUUGAGCAACUUUCAGAUGAUCAAACAAAGAGAAAAUAAGAGCUUGUAGAAAGAAAAAGAGCUGAGCUUGCACAGAUAAAAGCUGACUAGAGGAUGAGGCUGCAAAG